AUGUUGGAAAAGGACAUCAAACCGCUGCAAUACACGUGUUCCAAAUCCACAAGGCCUACCCACAUGCCAGCCCCUGAGGAUACACUCGCCGCUUACAGUACGAAGACUUCAGCAUCGCCCUGUCAAGGCGCAAAGUGUGAAGACCUUGUAUGCCAACAACAAGAGCGCAACCAUCAAGAGCCGCCGAUGAGAAGCGCGCAGGAUGUGGGGAAGCAGUGGAGGGCCAGGCGAGCGUGCUUCCUGUACGAAACCUUUGACAAAGAGACCCCUAGUAGUCUUAUCUGCUAUGACUGCGGCAUCUUUCAUCCGCGCAUUCUGAGUGGGAAGCAGGAUCUGCCUACCUACCCCGUCCACUGCAAAGCUUCGACAAGGCCCGAAACACGUGGGGAUUUCCUCCGGCAUCGCACUGCAUUCUCCGUGGUGAGAAUAUGCUGCAUCUCCGUUCCCUGGCUGCAGGUGCACCAGACAGCCCGGGCUCUCCGCCACGGCCCAAAGUACGGGGCCGUCACGCUGAACUACCACCGCGCACACCGCAACGGGGUGGGCAUGAGAUGCUUCUGGCAAGCCGCCUCGAAAGCGCUCCUAGUCGACGAUCGCCUGCUCGUCCGCGCCCAGUACUUCUUGCCUAUCGGCACCGUCAUCGAAUCUACACCUGGAAGCCGUCUGGUAGAUGAAGGCGCCGAGUUCAUGUGCCCCCACGCGCGCUCCAGGUUCCUGUACUCGAGCCAGCGCGCUAAUGAUGUCAUGGAAGCGUGCCGCCUCUUCUGCCGCGCACACGCAACAGCUUCUUCCUCUUCCUCCAACGGGACACUUGAUAACAGCGAAACGAGUAAGCUCCACGGCUUCGUUCACAGUCGCCACCGCUGCCCGCACUGCCCGACCGAGUGGGUCGUCGAGAUCCUCCCGCGCGCCAGCUUCGCCGGCGCUCACAUGAUGGGCCGUCUGGUGGGGCGGCGCCGUAAAUACGUGCUGUGCCUGUCGCAGUACCUCGACUUUGGGGCGUGCAACGCACCGAAUGAGCGUGAGUGGAGGGCGCUUUCUACCUGGCCGGCAGAGCGACCGGAGGGGGAUUGGGGGCCGGUGGGGGCAAAGGGUGAUGAGGCUCAGGUGGAUUUGACGGGGAUGGAGCGUAUUUCUGUGCGGUUUGAGAGGGCGCUAAAGGAGAUGGGCAAGGUGUAGGUGGGGAUGUGUCGGGUCUGUUACCUGAAGAGACGGCGGAUUGGACGGGAGAACUUGUUUUCAACGUCUCAUGGUCGUAUGUGGAAGAUGGUAAAACAACCAAAGUUGAUAUCGUUCUGUAUUAUGUGCUCGGGAUGAGAUUUGUGGCCGUACCUAGGUAUCAUAUGUCUCGACACGGUCUUUCUGUCAUGCAAGGUCGCCGAAUUAUAGAAAACGAGC